AAUAAUAAAAGAAAUUUAAUCUGUUUAAAAAAAUGUGAAUAAAAAGUAUUAAAAAUAAAGAAGUUUUUAAAAUUUUACUUAAAUUAUAAACUUUGGCUUUAAAAUUUAAAAAUUUUGUUGUAAAUUAAUCGUGUACCCAUUAUGGCUCGAUUUUGUAAUCAUAAACUUUUGCUCAACUGUUGUAAUUUCCUAUUUUUGAUCUGUGGAACGAUAUUACUUUUAUCCGGAUUUUAUCUGUUCAGUGAUACCAAACGAAUAUUGCUCUCACGAUUGUUAGCAGCCACCAGUGAACAACUCAAUGAUCUACCACAACCAUUAUUUUACUAUAUCUCAGUGGGUCUGGCGGUGGCGGGUUUAAUAGCCGUUUUAGCAGCCAUGAUGGGUUUCUGGGCAUCGUGUCUGAACACCUACUGCUGCCUUAGCUUCUAUUUCCUUACAGUAGUGGUUCUGCUCUUGGCCGAAUCUGUAGUUUGUUUGGCCAUUACAUUAUGGCCUCAUUGUUUGGGCAUUAGUUUGGAUGAAACUAAAAUGGUUAAAGCUUUACAGGGCAACUAUGGAGUGCCGGGCAGAGAACAAUUUACCAUAGCCAUGGACUUGGCUCAAGCGAAAUUCGGUUGUUGUGCUAUGAACAGUGAUAUUAACUACGAUACCUCCAUGUGGAAGCUGCAGGGUUAUGGACAACGUGAUUGGGUGGUGCCUUUAACAUGCUGCAUCUUAGAAAAUCCAGCCGAUAGACAAUCGUAUUUAGAUCCUAAACCGGCCAAUGAAACUCUGUGUCAAUCUUUGGAGAAGAAAGACUAUAAUCAAUAUCGUUUUACCACGCCCUGCCUAAACUUUUUGGAUAAUUGGUAUCGUGAACAAUACGCCAUUUUCUUGGCGGCCAGUUUAAUACUGGCGGUUGUGGAAUUUUGUGUUUUACUCAGUAUUACUUUGGCCUGUACGAAAAUUUCGAGUAAAAAAGCAAAAGUGGAAAAUUUUAUGGAAAUGCGUAAAAGAGCCAAAUCACGACAAAUGUUAGUGGAAAAUAUUUACGAACCCGAAGUAGAAUUGCGUUCCGUUGAGGAGACGGCUAGAGGUGCUAUACAUGGUGUACCUAGCGAUAUUUCGGAAGAUUUUAAAGAAGUUUACAUACAACCUAGAGAUUUGUAUAAACAACGAUUUAAUACGACCUUCAAACCGAUAUCCAGUGAUUAUAGUGUACCACAAAGAAGUUAUUUAGUUUAAUAUUUGACGUUUAUUUAUAAUGUACUGAUGAUAGUAUUUUUGUAUUUUAUUAUUUAAUAAUUUAAAUUUAUUUUAUGCAUUUCUAUUAUAAAAUUUUAAGAUUAAUUUUA